GCCAAACAGAGACAAUCAAAUAAAUCCCCUGUAAUUCUAUUUCCACAAAACCAACAUAAAAUCUUAAACAACAAUCAAAUAAAAUGGGAUAUGGACUCUUCCUAAAAACCCUACUAAUCACAUUCACAGCAGCAAUAAUCACAUACAACAUACUCAUUUCCUCAAAAACACCACUCCCAUCUUCCAUUUUUGUCGAUUCUUCAAAUGACCCAGUUAUUAAACUUCCUAAAAAUAGAAAAUCCCAAUUGGGUUUAUCCUCAAAAAGACUAUUUCAUACUGCUGUAACUGCUUCUGAUGGUGUGUAUAAUGCUUGGCAAUGUAGGGUUAUGUAUUAUUGGUUCAAGAAAUUUCAAAAUCAACCCGGCUCGGAAAUGGGCGGGUUUACUAGGAUUUUGCAUACGGGUCUAGAAGAUAAGUUUAUGGAUGAGAUUCCUACUUUUGUUGUUCAACCUCUUCCUCCUGGGAAAGAUGAGGGAUACAUAGUUCUGAACAGACCUUGGGCAUUUGUGCAAUGGCUUCAACAAGCAGACAUUAAAGAAGAUUACAUACUAAUGGCAGAGCCAGACCACCUUAUUGUGAAGCCUAUACCUAAUUUAUCCCGUGUUGGACGUGGAGCAGCUUUUCCUUUCUUUUAUAUUGAACCUAAAAAGUAUGAAUCUGUACUUCGGAAGUUUUUCCCGGAGAGUAAGGGGCCAAUAUCAGAUAUUGAUCCCAUUGGUAAUUCUCCUGUCAUUAUUGCUAAGGAUUCCCUCCGGAAGAUAGCUCCCACAUGGAAGAAUAUUUCAAUCGAAAUGAAGCAUGAUCCCGAGUCCGACAAGGCUUUUGGUUGGGUUCUUGAGAUGUACGCUUAUGCAGUGGCGUCUGCCCUUCACGGCGUAAAGAACAUCUUGUACAAAAAUUUCAUGAUUCAGCCUCCAUGGGACACAGAAGUGGGUACAGCGUACAUCAUUCAUUACACUUAUGGAUGUGACUAUGAUAUGAAGGGUCAGCUAACAUAUGGAAAGAUCGGAGAAUGGCGAUUUGAUAAGAGAUCCUACGAGGAUGCUCCUCCUCCAAGAAACUUGACACUUCCACCACCCGGUGUUCCUCAAAGUGUGGUGACGCUUGUAAAGAUGGUAAAUGAGGCAACAGCAAACAUACCUGACUGGGAUUCAUCGAGAUUUGCUUCAAUCCGCUGAAUUACAGCUUAACAUAGAUCAAAAUAAACAUAGUAAGAGAUUCUUGAAGCUAAAUAAUUGUUUGUAUUGUUAUUUAGCAAAUUUAAUUUAUGUUGUAAUGGUCCAUAACUUAAUUUGUAAUAAACUGAAAAUCUUUUGAAUAGCCUUUUAAGACUUUUGCAUGAAUAUAGCAAAUUUCCCAUCCAAGUUGGCAUCUGCUGAGAUUUUGAU